CAAAAUGCUAUGAUGGUUGGUAGUAUAUGCUAUAUACACAUUUCUUAAAGGUGGGUAUUGGUGAGGGAUUGAGGCUUGAACCCUCAAUGCCAAAUACGUCCAAGGAUGCCUUCACUCAGUUGAUUUUCUAUUCCAAUUCAAAGGCAGAAAUAGGAAGGGAACUAAAGGCAUCAGGUUUCCGGCAACACCUCCCUUUGGCAGCCGGAAUUCUCACCGGAAAGAGCCCCAAUAUGGCAGAGUGCAGCCAGAUCUCUGACGAGACAAAUGAGAAUGAAAACACCCAUAAACACCAAGAAAUUCAUCUAGAAGAUGCUGAAUCCAUGAGCCCAGAUGAUGAAAGCAAUUCCCAUACUGAAAUGAAGAUACCCAUGAGCCCUGAACAGGAGUACAAGGCCUCCAUCCAAAUGAAAAAGUCGAAGAAGAAAGCCUUGUUAGAGCUCCGAUGCAGAGUGGAAGAUGCUAUUAUUGGGAAUUAUAUGCUCGGAAAACCCCGUGGAAAAGACCCUGAAAGCAAGAAAACUCAAGAAAAUCUUCAUGAUAUCUCCCUCUGGGGUGUGCCCUUACUUCCUAGUAAAGGCCACGAAGGCACGGACAUUAUCCUCUUGAAGUUCUUGAAAGCUAGAGAUUUUAAGGUCAGCGAGGCCUUCAACAUGCUCCGAAGAACCUUGAUAUGGCGGAGAGAGUUCAAAACCGAAGGAAUUCUCGAAGAAAACUUCGGCCCUGAGCUUGAAAAUGUUGUGUACAUAAACAGCACUGAUAAAGAAGGUCACCCUUUGUGUUACAAUGUGUGUGGGGCUUUCAAGGACAGAGACUUUUACAAGAAAACAUUUGGUUCAGAAGCCAAAUGUGAAGAGUUCUUGAGGUGGAGGGUUCAGUCCAUGGAAAAGGUUAUCCAGAAUCUUAACUUCACGACUGGUGGAGUGGACUCCAUGGUUCAGAUCCUGGACUUGAAGAACUCCCCGCGACCAAGCAACAAGGAGCUUCGUUUGGUUACCAAGAAAGCCAUAACGUUGCUUCAAGACAAUUAUCCUGAGCUCAUCUUCAGACAUAUCGUCAUAAAUGUUCCAUUUUGGUACUAUGCUAGCCAUACGCUAAUUUCCAAAUUCAUAAGCCAAAGAACAAAGAGCAAGUUCAUCUUGGCGAGACCAUCUGGAGUUGCGGACACACUUCUCAAGUUUAUCGCCCCAGAAAACCUUCCCGUUCAAUAUGGUGGCCUCAAAAGAGAGAACGACAUUGAAUUUUCGCCUGCAGACAAAGCUCUAGACCUAAUUGUCAAAGCAGGUACCAUUGAAAGCAUCGAAAUUCCAGCCACUGAGGCUGGGGUGACGGUUGUCUGGGACAUGACUAUAGUGGGGUGGGACGUGAACUACAAGGAGGAGUUUAUCCCAGAAGAUGAAGGAUCAUACAAAAUUUUGCUUGAAAAGGAUAAGAAAAUGGGACAAAGUAUGAGAAAUUCAUUUUACAUUAGUGAACCAGGAAAGAUAGUAAUAACCAUUGAGAAUGGUACCUACAAGAGGAAGAGGGUUCUCUAUAGAUUUAGAAGCAAACCCACUGUUCCCAUGUAUGUCUAUUUCAAGUGAUUGCCUCUUUUCCUUCAAAAAUAUAUGCAUUUCUUUUUUUCUUUUGUGUAACUUUCACUAUUCAUUGUGUUUAAUAUUCGGUCUGCUUGAUUCAGAAGCUAAAAGUUAGAGACAAUUUUUUAUUUU